AUGACUUUGAGGCCGGAGCAUAACUUGAACAGGUUUAUCUCCAUUCUGGGAUUGAUUGGCAAUGGCCGAACUAUCCCGGUUGGAAAUUUGAGAGGGAAGAUUGGCCUUCUGGUUCUUCGUGGAGGGAAGAGGCGUUUCCAGAUAUCAGGAGCCAGUCCAGAAACCUCGUCGUCAUCCAAAAAGAUCCGUAGUUCCCCUAAAUCCGCUUUCAAAAAUCUCUGUUCCCACCUCCUACACUCACCACCUACUCAAAAAGGGUUAGGGUUUGUGCCCCGAAAGUACAAAGAAAGGGGGAAAAAGAUGCAGCAGCCACAGCAAAUGAUCCCUGUGAUGCCUACUUCAUUUCCACCCACUAACAUCACCACCGAGCAAAUUCAGAAGUACCUUGACGAGAACAAAAAAUUGAUUCUGGCAAUAUUGGAUAAUCAAAACCUUGGAAAACUUGCUGAGUGUGCCCAGUACCAAGCUCAGCUUCAAAAGAAUCUGAUGUAUUUAGCAGCUAUUGCUGAUGCACAACCACAGGCACCAACGGUGCCUGCUCAGAUGGCCCCACAUCCUGCUAUGCAACAAGCAGGAUAUUACAUGCAACAUCCUCAGGCAGCAGCAAUGGCUCAGCAACAGGGUAUUUUCCCCCCAAAGAUGCCAUUGCAGUUCAAUAACCCGCACCAAAUGCAUGAUGCAGCACAGCAGCUACACCAGCAGCACCAACAAGCCAUGCAAGGGCAAAUGGGAAUGAGAGCUGGAGGGGCCAAUGGCAUGCCUUCCAUGCAUCAUACUGAAGCCACACUUGGUGGUGGUAGUGGUGGCCCAACUUCAGCUGGAGGGGGUCCAAACGAUGGGCGUGGAGGAAGCAAGCAAGACAACUCGGAGGCUGGGACAGGUGGUGAUGGCCAGGGGAGCUCAGCCGGCGGGCACGGCAAUGGUGAUGGAGAAGAUGGAAAGUGA